AUGCUGGCUCUUCUGCGAAUUGCUGCUCUUGACGUCUAUUUCUUGUUCACGUUCUUCUUCUUGUCGUCCGCGUCGCCGUCUGCGGCCCUCUUCAUGAUGAAAAUUCGUUUGAGAAAUGCUGGAUCCAAAUCAUCACGUCGAACCCUGCAUCUCCACAUACUCCGGGACCCGGGCGACAUCACCUUUGCUGGUACACAACGUCUGAUCGAGCGACACUCCAGCUCGAUACGACAUCUGACAUCGUCUGAUCAGCGUCACCGAGAGGGACCGCCCCGCUCACAACGAUACGCUACGAUGGGAAAGGACAAAGUUAAGAAGAAGGAUUCAGGGGUUGCAGUGGAAGAGGACAUUCCCAACUUCUACUGCCGUCGUAAUCCGACCAUUCCUCGUCAGGAUCAGCCAAGACCUUACGCCUUCUUGCAACGGAUUCUCAGCGAGCAUCGUGUUCGAGAGGACGACGAAGAGGACCAGUAUACAGCCACCGACAAUGCUGGUAGCGUCCCGCAUAGGUAUGGCGGCCUCCAUACGAGCGACUCAGCCGAGUCAGUCACUGUUCAAGCAGGAUCAGGUGCCAUCGCGGCAGUACAGAACGGGCUCAACCUUCGCGAGACAGCCAGCAAGCUAGCUGAGACGUCGGCCGAAUCCGAAACGAGCGCCUCGUCAGAUACGAAUGGUAGCUCGAACGCAUCACAGUCUCGAUCGGCUUCUUCCGAGGCUACUCAAGCUGAAGAGGAACUGCCUUGGUUCUCACAGCUGUCGGCCUAUCCGCAGUUGAGGUCGGCUGGAAUCCCGCUGGUGCCCGACGAUGCUUCGUCGAGCAAGGUAGGCGCUCUCACGGCAUCGUCAACGAAAAAGAAACGCCCUGCCACCUCGGCAUCGCUUGCAUCGGCAUCACUCAGCAGUUUCAAUGGUUCUUCAAGACCCAGCACGUCUUCCUCUGCCUCAACGUCAUUCUUCAAUCCAUCGUCGGCUCCACUGUCUCGAUUCACCUCGCCAAAGGCGGCUCACACAUCGACCAUGGAGUCUUCAUUUCAAAGCAGCGGCUCGCCUGCUUCGCUCUCGGAGGCUGUAGCGCGGGGUCAGCUGCCCAACGCAAGCUUGGCAGUUCCUCUCACUUCCACUAUAUCCUCGACAGGCUCAAUAGCGUCCAACAUCAGUGCAGGUCAUCCUCCACCAGAUUCAAGACAGAUAGAUUCAACAGCUACAGGUACGAUGAAGCCCAUCCCCAUGUCCGCCAAUACGACUGCCAGCAUUGGCACAUCCUCUCCUGCGAUCCGCGGCCUUCCUUCCAGACUGUCCAGCAUUGCCCUUGCCAAUGGCAGCAAGAAUACGUCCAACAACGCUCCACCAGAUUUUCAAGAGGAUCUCCUCCCACCGGACAACUUUGCCAUGGUCAACUCGCACGUCUAUCGAUCCAGCUUCCCCAAGAAGAAACACUUUCCCUUCCUCCGCACGCUCGGCUUGCGAUCCGUCCUCACCCUCAUCCUCGAAGAAUACCCCGAAACCAACUCGACCUUCCUCGACAGCAACGGCAUCACUUUCUUCCAAUUCGGCAUCCCGGGCAACAAGGAACCUUUUGUCUCGAUCCCCACGGACAAGAUCACCGCGGCACUAAUGACCAUCCUCGACCGUCGGAACCAUCCCAUCCUGAUCCACUGCAACAAGGGGAAACACCGCACAGGUUGUCUCAUAGGCUGUCUGAGGAAGCUCCAGCAGUGGAGUCUUACAACGAUCUUCGACGAAUACCGGAGAUUCAGUUGGCCAAAGAGUAGAAGCAUGGAUCAAGAGUUCAUCGAACUGUACGAUGAGAGGGCGGUGUGGAGGGAUAUCGAUGUCAGGUGGCUGCCCAAGUGGUCGGUGUUGCCGUUGGCGAGUUUGAACCUGCAUGGUAGGAGGAAGAUCGAAGAUCUGGAGGACGAGAUCGAUGGUGUGAAUGAUGGGGAGGUGGAGGGAGACGAGGUUAAGGAAGAAGAUGUGACGAUUUGGAGAGGAAUGUGA